AUGAAGGAGAUUGCUGAGGUCAAGCUCGGCAAGAAGGUUGAGAAGGCCGUCAUCACCGUCCCCGCCUACUUCAACGACAACCAGCGUCAGGCCACCAAGGACGCCGGUGCCAUCGCUGGUCUCAACGUUCUCCGUAUCAUCAACGAGCCCACCGCUGCCGCCAUCGCCUACGGUCUCGGCGCUGGCAAGUCCAACAAGGAGCGCAACGUUCUCAUCUACGAUCUCGGUGGUGGUACUUUCGAUGUCUCCCUCCUGAACAUCCAGGGUGGUGUCUUCACCGUCAAGGCCACUUCCGGUAACACCCAUCUUGGUGGCCAGGACUUCGACACCAGCCUCCUCGAGCACUGCAAGAAGGACUUCCAGCGCAAGUCGAAGAAGGAUAUCUCCAACGACCCCCGUGCCCUGCGUCGUCUCCGCACUGCUUGCGAGCGUGCCAAGCGUACCCUGUCCAGCGGUGCCCAGGCCACCAUUGAGAUCGACUCCCUCUUCGACGGCGAGGACUUCCAGAUGCAGAUCACUCGUGCCCGUUUCGAGGAGCUCAACGCCAAGGCCUUCAACGGCACCCUCGAGCCCGUCGCUCAGGUCCUGAAGGAUGCCAACCUCCAGAAGAGCGCCGUUGAGGAGAUUGUCCUCGUCGGUGGUUCCACUCGUAUUCCCCGUAUCCAGAAGCUCCUGUCCGAGUUCUUCGACGGCAAGAAGCUCGAGAAGAGCAUCAACCCCGACGAGGCUGUCGCCUACGGUGCCGCCGUCCAGGCCGGUAUCCUCUCCGGCAAGGCCACCUCCGCCGAGACUGCCGACCUCCUGCUUCUCGACGUCUGCCCCCUUUCCCUCGGUGUCGCCAUGGAGGGUAACAUCUUCGCCCCCGUCGUUCCUCGCGGCAACACUGUUCCGUGUAUCAAGAAGAGGACCUUCACCACUGUUGCCGACAACCAACAAACCGUCCAGUUCCCCGUCUACCAGGGUGAGCGUGUCAACUGCGAGGACAACACCUCGCUGGGUGAAUUCACUCUUGCUCCCAUCCCCCCCAUGCGCGCCGGUGAGGCCGUCCUCGAGUGUGUCUUCGAGGUCGACGUCAACGGUAUCCUCAAGGUCACCGCCACCGAGAAGACCUCCGGCCGUAGCGCCAACAUCACCAUCUCCAACUCUGUCGGCAAGCUCUCUUCUCACGAGAUUGAGAACAUGAUCAACGACGCCGAGAAGUUCAAGUCCAGCGACGAGGCCUUCUCCAAGAAGUUCGAGGCCAAGCAGCAGCUCGAGUCCUACAUUGGUCGCGUUGAGGAGAUCAUCUCUGACCCGACACUGUCCCUCAAGCUCAAGCGCGGCCAGAAGGACAAGAUUGAGCAGCAGGUCAGCGAGGCCAUGGCCAAGCUUGAGAUCACCGACGCCUCGGCUGAGGACCUCAAGAAGCAGGAGCUCGCUCUUAAGCGUCUCGUCACCAAGGCCAUGUCUUCACGGUAAAGGGAGACUUUUUCACUUGCAGCAGAUGGUCAGCCUUGGGUUGGAGCUGGGUGUGGUAGAGCAAAAUCUGGUGUGAUGGAGUACGCGCGCGCAACCAACCGGAUAUUCGGGGAGCGAGCGGGCCUUUUAGAAGAUGGGUUGCGUCGCCAAAUAAUGCUGCGACGUUUCGGUAGUCUUUUAACGAUGGCUCUCUAAAACCUUUUACUCUU